AUGGAGCCACGCGCGGGGGGCGCCACGGACCCUAGGGGGAGCAGAGGAGGCCGCGGAGCUCCGCAGCCUGGGGGCCGCAAGGCGGGGCAACUCCUGGCGCGGCUGGACGCGCGCCCCCUGGCGGCCAGAGCUGCGGCCGACAUGGCUGCGCUGGUACGCAGGGCGGGGGCCACACUGGGCCUGCGCCACAAAGAAGCCAUUAGUGAGAUGGAUUCUGCGGACAUAGAGGUCACUGACAGUCGCCUGCCUAAUCCCACUUUUGUGGAACACCGGCUCCAGCAUCAUCAGCCAGUGACCUUGGGUACAUGUACCGCGCCACCCCAAGUGACUCAGGUUAAGGCACGUUGUGUUUCGAAGCCACCCCAGGCCUCUGGUCGUUUCUCUGUGGAGCUGGUUCGAGGUUCUGCAGGCUUUGGCCUCACACUAAGUGGAGGCCGAGAUGCAGCCAGGGAUGCUCCACUGGCAGUACGAGGGCUGCUGAAGGAUGGGCCAGCACAGCAGUGCGGUCGCUUGCAGGCUGGUGACCUUGUGCUUCAAGUCAAUGGAGAGCCAACUCAGGGUCUCACCCAUGCCCAGGUCGUGCAGCGGAUUCGCACAGGAGGCCCUCGGCUCCACCUCCUGCUGAGCAGACCUCUUGAGACCCACCCCAGCAAGCCUGAGAGAGGGGGAGGACCCCAGAAAGGAGAUGAUCGCAGCCCAGAUCCUGAGGGAUCAGAGGUGACGAGACCUCGUAGCGCCAGCGCUUCCCCACUUCAGCACCCUCAAUCCCAUACGACGCCCAAGACCCGGGACAGCCCAGAGCGUAGCCCAGAGGGGGCAGCAGACGGCCUUGCGGUUCCUCCUCCUGAGCGCCGCACGGAAGAUCCGGACGACCGAUCCCUGGGUUCCCCGGGACCCUGGCUGGUGCCGAGCGAGGAACGGCUCUCGCAGGCCCUAGGUGUCCCGGGGGCCACGCAGCUCGCCCUGGAGAUGGCAGCUGGAAGGCGGAGGCACUGA